GAGUUUGACGUCACUUCCGUUUGAUGUUGCAGUCUCACAACAAGCUGGAGCGGACUGAGCGCCACAGCUAACAUCUUUUAUUGCUCCUUUUCACCAAAACACACAGAAGAAACAUGUCAGAUACGGAGACAAAACCUUCCAGCCAAGACGGUGGAGACAAGAAGGACGGAGAGUACAUCAAGUUAAAAGUGAUUGGUCAGGACAGCAGUGAAAUCCACUUCAAAGUGAAAAUGACAACACAUUUAAAGAAACUGAAAGAGUCCUAUAGCCAGAGACAGGGUGUCCCGGCCAGCACGCUAAGGUUUCUGUUUGAAGGACAGAGAAUCGCAGACACCCAGACUCCAAAAGAGCUCGGAAUGGAGGACGAGGACGUCAUUGAAGUGUAUCAAGAACAGACUGGUGGACUUUGGAACGAUUAAACCGCCUGCAUUUCUAAGUCCUUAUUUUUCCCUUGGUUUUUUUUUUAUUUUGUAUGUAUGUAUUUUUUGUUCAGUUUCAAACCAUCUGGAUCAAAAUGGACUCAAUUAGGGCUUCCAUGUGUCAGGGCAGGAAGGUGAAGACACUGAGGUAAGGGUGAGGAAAUGGAAAGCGGGUCUCUGGAUGUGCAUGUUAUUUCACAUGGGCUGCAGCAUCCAACGUGAUCAUUACUCCCAAAAUUGCCAACACACGCAACUUUGUUGUUUACAGUGUUGGCAGAGACUAAGAAAGGAUUUAUUCCUCCUAAAAUUGAAAACGUUCUUGUGAAAAUGUGUCAACUAUUACAGGUUUGGUUUUUUUGCCGUCUUUAUAUGUGAACUCAUGUGGCCGUAAUCGGACGCGAUUUUUUUUUUUAGGAAUUCCAAAACAGAGACAAGUCAAGUUAAACUUUAAUUGGUUAAGCUGAGAUUGAGAUUGCCCAAAACCAAAAAACACUGAUGGAUUUGAAGAUUUUUCACACCCCAGAUGGCUGUACCCCAACAGGUUAUUGUAACUUAGUGGGUUGGGAUGUAUGCAGGCAACUUAUUAAGUUACGAAAUAGUUGGACUCAUUACCAUACAACUGAUAAAGUCAGUCUAUCAGCAACAUUACUGUCAGUCAUGUAAUAACUCCUCAUUUCCUGAAGCCGCCACACGUGACCUCGUGGAGGCUUCCGGAAGCAGCACUGCCUGUUGAAUACAUUCCAGAUCGAUGGGAUUCACUCAUUUGGAACAGAAAAUCUUUCUAAAAGUCAAACUACAAGACCUCCUGUCAAUGUUUCUUACCUUUGAUUUCAGUCAUUUACAGCCUGUGUGUGCCAUGUGUGAAUUGCUGCACCAUUAUGAAAUUGUAAAAAAACAAUUGAGCUGAAGCAGUCAUAUUGGAGAUUUGAAACCUUUUUAAGAUAAUAAAUGUGCUUUACUUGUACAUGUUGUAUUCAGUAUUUGUGUUUGAAUGACAAGCCAUGUGUAUCUCCAGUGUUCUCUUAUUUAUAGCUGAGGGUUUCAUUCUGUAGUGAUAGAACAAAAUAUAUUCUGCUAGAGGAAUAUUUUGCUUGCCGACAGUCGCAGUGUGUUCAGCCUCCAGCAGUUGGUGCAGAGGGAACAUGUUAUCACGGGACGUCAAUGUUUCGUUUAUUUUUAAUUUUUCUCUUUGCUUCUGGAAUGAACGUUUUAUUCUGUGUACUGUAUGAAUGUCCUCCAGAAGGUGAAGACCAGUUGCAGUCCCUGCCCCAAAGAUUUACUUAUUUUUUUUUACCUUAGUGUGAAGCAGUCAUAUUUACGUGACGGAGAUCCACAUCUGGUCACAGCUGCAGCAGAUGCUGGAUCGACUGCACCUCUGGGACAGUCUGAGCCUGAACGGCCUGCAGCGUCAUGUUUCUCCUGCCACACCUGACGCUUCCGCCUGCAUUCGUAAACAUUACGGUCGGAAAAAUUCAGUGAUAGCAAGUGAAAGGUUGCCGUGCUCCCAGAGGUGUGUGCAAUAAAAGUAAUAAAAACUGACCUCCAGGCUCGGCUGCAGCCUCGCAUUGUUUCAGACCUUUCUGCUGGAGCACACACACGUGUUUUGGACGAGUGCGUCGUUAUCAGCUUCAGAGUUUGACCCUUUAAUUUAAAUCAGGUGUGUUUAAGCAGGAAGACACCUCGAGCAGCGCAGGCCGGCGGGCUUGAACUCUGCUCCAGCAGCUUACCUCAAUUGGAUUCCCUCCGCCUGAGCGUUGCGUUUGUGAGCGGCUCCGGUGAUCUGUAGUCCAGGCAGAAUCCCCCCCCCCAGGCAGGACAGGCAGCGAGGUCGAAUAAAGGGACUGUGUGUCACCAGAGGAACAUUGAUACAGAUGGUUUGAAAUUCUGGAGAUGAGGUUUUGGCUUUUUUUGAAUAAAAUAUUUAAAAAGAAAA